AUGUCAAAUCUGACUUACAAUAAUCUCUGGCGAACAGCCCAAGUCGACCUUGAGAAGCUUGCAACUCACGAUUAUGAAUUUCAGUCAUCGGAACCACAAUUUGACAAGCACUUUGCACAGUCAAAGAUAUUUGAACUAUACUCAAAGUACAUCAUUAUUGGGAAUAAAUUAAAUGAAAUCUACGAUCAGAUGCUGCAGCCACAGAAGAGAAUUCUUGUCAAGAAGAUCCUCGAUGCUUGUCUUGGUCGAGUUUGUGAGCUGAAGCAAGAUUUGGUCAAAUUGGAUCUGACUGAAUUUAGUUACAAUGAUGAGAUCAUGUUGAAGCUUAAAUUGACUCCAUUUGACACUGAAAUUGUCAUUCCUCACUACUUCCUACGCGAACGGGAAGAAGAACUGAUGGCACGUGCCAAGACAAUGGACGAGAUCCUCAAAAGAAUCGGAGUUAUUGAGGAGGAAAUUCCAAUUGAAAGAUUAUCGGAACUGGAAGCAAUCCGGAUCAUCCAAAUGCACGAACGAGCACGUCAAGGACGUCUUCGUGCUCAAUUUAUGAAGGAAAUCCGUUCACUAAAAGAAAAAGGCAAGCCAGAGCGUGGAAAAGCUGAGACUGGAUUUAUGGCAGCGCUAAAAAUCCAAAAAGUCUGGCGUGGCUUUGCAAGUCGAACGCAAACAAGGAAGAGAAAAAUGCAGGAAAUGAUUCUGAUUGGAAUGCUGCCAGAUCCAACUAGAGACACAAAAAAUCUCGAAAAUAUUGAGCGUGUCAGGAAUGAGAGAAGGAAAUUGCAGAUGGAAUAUCAGAAGCUGUAUGAGACAUCAAUGAAUCGGUUCGAGACUGAAAUCAAAGAGAAGCAAGGAUCAACUAUGAAUGAAGACAUGACUGAUGAGAUAAGGAACUGGUUUCGGGAUUAUUUUGGACGAACUGGAAAGUUCCCAGAGUUUCCAUCUGAAGAAGCUGGUGGAUCGAGACAUUUGUUGAGUCGUCAAGGCACAGACAGUGAAUUUAGUCGAUCAUCAGCUCCAUCAUCCAAAGAGUCCAAAAAGACCAUUAAGGAUAAGACUAAAGAAAAAGGCAAAGGAGAUGAGCCAAUAAUUGAUGAUGGAUUUAAGAAAGGAUUCAAACCAGAAGAAUCGUCAUUUUUGCCGGAAAUUAAAGCUGGAAUUGAUGAGUACAACGACAUUUGGAAGGGCAAGUACGAAGGUGGAAACUUGAAGCAACUUCACUACGAAGACAUGAUCUUUGCUGAUAAAUAUUCAGAAGUUGAGCUUGAAUUGAGGAAGAUUGUCGAUGAAAUGAUGCGUCAUGAGCUUGAGCUGUUGCAGAUAGCUCUCGACAAAGACAGAGCAGCAAAAGGCAAGAAAGUCAAAAAAGGAGGCAAAAAGGCUCGACGAGCAGGAAAGAAAAGCAAAAAGAAGAAGGAAAAAGAUCUCACACCUGACCGAACCACAGAAUCUCUUUUUGAGGAACUUGUUGUCAAUGGAAUUAUUGUAAAGUAUCCUGAAAAUUACAUGAAGAAUUUCCUUGGUGAUCGAGCUUAUGCUGCUCGUAGUUCAACCAAUCCAGCACCAGGAGAUGUCAGACAAUUGUUGAAAGAAUAUUGCAUAUUGCCAUUGGGUAGUGCGAUGAUUAGGAACUAUGCGCCUUGUAUUAAGUCAAUAUUGAUUGGUGGACCUAAAGGAACCGGAAAGCGCUCUCUUGUCCAAGCAAUAGCAACAGAAGUCGGUGCAGUCAUGUUCGACCUCAGCCCAGUCAAUCUAGUUGGAAAAUAUCCUGGAAAAACUGGUCUCAUCAUGUUGAUUCACUUGAUUCAAAAAGUUUCACGUCUCUUACAGCCAACAAUUUUGUAUUUUGAAGACGCUGAAAAGCCAUUCAUGAAGAAAAUUCCAAAAACUGACAAGACUGAUCCGAAAAGGUUAAAAAAGGAUUUGCAGAAGAUUGUGAAGAAUAUUGCACCUGAGGAUAGAGUUAUGCUGAUUGGGGUGUCUAAUGCUCCUUGGGAUGCAGACCAGAAGCUCCUUCAACAGACUUACAAUAGGUUCAUUUACAUCCCACGGCCUGAUUAUGGAGCUUUGUCACAUGCUUGGCGUGAAUUGUUAGCUCAGUAUCCAGGAGUCUCAAAAACCUUUGAUUCUGGUGCAAUGGCUAAGGUAUCAGACGGAUACACAAUCGGAGCUGUUUCUCAGUGCAUUCGAGAUGUCAUCACAUGUAAGAGGAUGUUGCAGUUGAGAAUCAAACCAUUGACACAUGUUGAACUGAUUAAUACAUUAAGUACAAAGGAACCAGUCUACAGAGAAGAGGAGGAGGCGUUUUUGUCUUGGUGGGCAAAGACUCCUUUGGGAAAGUUAAAAGGCAAAGCAAUGGAACUAGAAAGUGACAAAAUGGACAGAGAGCUAAUGGAUCCCAAGAAAAAACCCAAAUAG